AUGCCUAAAAAUUUAAAUUUAUUCGGAAAAUAUUUAAGAAGACUUGGUAAAAGUCACAAAAAAGGUUUUAAAAAAAAACAGAUAAUUCAUCCAAUUCCUGUUAAGGCAUAUGGUAGAGUACCUUCAGCUGCUUCACAGACAGGUUUAUAUCAUGAUGAAGAUUUUAAUUAUUAUACAAAAGUCUCAUAUUCUUUAAAAAAAACAAGAAUUAAACUUAAGCCAAAUGUUUUUAAAAAGCAUAUUGUUAGUAAUAUAUUAAAUACAAUUAUACCAAAUGUUCGAAUAACAACCAGUGCAUUACAUGCUAUAGAUGAUGCAGGUGGAUUUGAUAAUUAUAUUUUAAGAACAUCUCCUGAAGAACUUAGAUCAAAUUUUGGAGAAAAACUUAGAAAUGUUAUGUAUUUUUAUAUGUCUCACCCAAAUAUUCGAUCCUUAUCUUUACCAUGGAAAACCUUUAUGAAUAAAUCUCAACAAUGUGACUAUUAUUAUGCAAUAUAUCAACAUUUAAGAAAAAAAAGGUUAAAUGAAUUAUACAAAAAAAAAGAAUCAGGAAAAUAUUCUCCUUAUUACUUACCUAAUGAUAAAAAUUUACAUCCACAAAGACAACCAUUUUCUUUAAACACGGAAAUUAAUCAUUUAAAUUUGUGGUACAAUAAUAAUAAAUUAUUAAAAAAAGCCUUUAUUGAAAAAUUAAAAGAAGCUAAAUCAUUUGAUCAAGCUUAUACAGAUCACCACUUUUUAGAUAGUUACAAAAAAGGAAGAGGAAGAGGAGGAGGUGGAAAACAUGGAAGAACUCCACGAAAGAGAUCAAAAACUUAUAAAUAUUUUGAAAUUAGACCAUAUUAG